AUGGUGAAGUCGUACCUCAAGUACGAGCACGCCAAGUCAUUCGGUGUCGUGACGACAAACACCUCCAACAUUGUCUGGACGUCCAAGGAUCGAACUGGCACAGGCGCUGGGCAGGCUGUCGUCGCCGCAAAUGAAGAAGUUCUUUGCUGGGAUGUCAAGAAGGGCGAGCUACUGGGCCGGUGGCGGGACGAGCGCUGCACGGUGCCCGUCACGGCGAUUGCCCAGAGCAAGACCGACAACGACGUCUUUGCCGUCGGCUACGAAGAUGGCAGCAUUCGCCUCUGGGACAGCAAGAUCUCUACCGUCAUUCUCAAUUUCAAUGGUCACAAGUCGGCAAUCACGAAACUCGCGUUCGACAAAUCCGGCGUUCGCCUAGCAAGCGGGUCCAAAGACACCGACGUUAUCAUAUGGGACCUUGUUGCAGAAGUCGGUCAAUUUAAGCUGCGUGGGCACAAGGAUCAGAUCACAGGGCUGGAGUUUGUCGAGCCCGAAACCCAGGUGCAAGAUGAAGACGGAACCAAGGCCAUGGUUCUCGACGGCCAAGACACAUCCGAUGGCUACCUCCUUACAACUGGCAAGGACUCCCUACUCAAGCUGUGGGAUCUCUCUUCAAGGCACUGCAUCGAGACGCACAUCUCUCAGACGAACGGCGAAUGCUGGGCGCUCGGCAUGUCGCCGGAUCUAAGCGGCUGCAUCACUGCUGGCAAUGACGGAGAGCUCAAGGCCUGGUCGCUUGACGCAGAGGGUCUCGCAUCGACUGCGCGGCGGGUAGACGUAUCAUCAACCACACAGUACUUGUCGGAUCGUGGCACUUUGCAUCGCCAGAGCAAGGACCGAGCCACCGAAGUCAUCUUUCACCCGCAAAGAGACUACUUUGCAGUCCACGGAUCAGAGAAAGGGGUCGACGUGUGGCGCAUAAGGUCAGAAGCCGAAGUCAAGAAGAGCUUGGCCCGCAAGAGAAGGAGGCGGAGGGAAAAAGGCAAAGACGGCAAGCAGCAGGACGAGGAAGCACAGAACGCCGACGAUACAGCCGAGGACGUCUCGAAAGCAGACAUUAGUGACAUUUUCGUCCAGUACGUCAUUGUGCGCACGGGCGGAAAGGUUCGGUCUGUGGACUGGGCAUUAGCCGGUUCUCAAAAGGAUCUUCAUCUCUUGGUCGGCACGACAAACAACCAACUCGAGUACUACAGCGUCCCGUCAAGGGAUAGGAGCGACCGCAAGAAGAAGGAUGAUGUGCCGGAUUACACACGAACGCUUGCCGUUGAGCUGCCUGGCCACCGUGCCGACAUCCGGGCACUGGCUCUCAGCUCGGACGACAAGAUGUUGGCUUCGGCUGCGAACGGAUCCAUGAAGGUGUGGAACAUCAAGACGCAGACAUGUAUUCGCACCUUUGAGUGCGGAUAUUCUCUAUGCUGCGCAUUCCUACCAGGAGACAAGGUCGUCGUAGUAGGCACGAAGAGUGGCGAGCUUCAGCUUUUUGACGUUGCAUCUGCCUCGUUGCUGGACAGCGUUCAAGCUCACGAGGGGGCGAUCUGGUCCUUGAACGUCCACCCCGAUGGGCGAUCCGUGGUUUCUGGAAGCGCCGAUAAGACGGCCAAAUUCUGGGAUUUCAAGAUCGUCCAGGAAGAAGUUCUUGGCACGAAGCGAACUACACCAAAGCUCAAACUGGUGCAGUCCAGGACGCUCAAGGUGGCUGAUGACAUCCUAAGCCUCAAGUUCUCACCAGAUGCCAAGUUGUUGGCAGUCUCAUUGCUGGACAACACUGUCAAGGUCUUUUUCGUCGACUCACUCAAGCUCUACCUCAAUCUCUACGGCCACAAGCUGCCAGUUCUCAGCAUGGAUAUAUCGUACGAUAGCAAACUCAUCGUUACGAGCUCGGCAGACAAGAACAUCAGGAUAUGGGGCCUGGAUUUUGGAGACUGCCACAAGGCUCUCUUUGGACACCAAGACAGCAUCCUGCAAGUGGCGUUUGUUCCUCACAACUCCGACGGAAAUGGGCACCACUUUUUCAGCAGCAGUAAGGAUAAGACGAUCCGAUACUGGGACGGAGACAAGUUUGAGCAAAUUCAGAGACUGGACGGCCACCACGGAGAGGUCUGGUCGAUUGCCAUCAGCCGGACUGGGAACUUCCUUGUCAGCGCAGCGCACGACAAGAGCAUCCGGGUGUGGGAGGAGACCGAUGAGCAGAUCUUCCUCGAGGAAGAACGCGAAAAGGAGAUUGAGGAGCUGUACGAGAGCACCCUGACAACCUCGCUCGAAAGGGACGAGGAUGCCGAGGACGAGAACGGAGAAGUUGCGGCGGCCAGCAAGCAGACCACGGAGACGCUCAUGGCCGGCGAGCGGAUACAAGAAGCUCUCGAGAUGGGCAUGGCAGAUCUGAACCUCAUGAAGGAGUACGAGGCGGCCAAGCUGUCAGACCCCAACGCCAUGCCCCCGCAGCGCAACCCCGUGUUUCUGGCCCUGGGCAACAUCAGCGCCGAGGAGCACGUCAUGUCCGUGCUGCAAAAGAUCAAGGCCUCGGCGCUACACGACGCGCUGCUGGUCCUUCCGUUCGCGACCGUCCCCAUUCUGUUUACAUUUCUCAACCUUUUCGCCCUGCGGUCGAUGAACAUGCCCCUGACGUGCCGCAUCCUCUUCUUCAUGAUCAAGACGCACCACCGGCAGAUUGUGGCGAGCCGGACCAUGAAGACGAUGAUGGACGGCAUCAGGGCGAACCUGAGGGCCGCGCUGAAGCGGCAAAAGGACGAAAUGGGCGUCAACAUUGCGGCGCUCAAGGUGGUGGGCAUGCAGAUCCGUGACAAGAGCGUCAAGGAGUACGUGGACGAGACUUGGGAAGACGAGAGCGCCGAGAGAAGCGCCAAGAAGAGGGCGUUUAUGCAUGUGGCGUAA